GAGAGAGAGAGAGAGAGAGAGAGAGAGAGAGGGCAUAAAGAACACAGAGAUGGAACAAGAGCGUUGACUGUGACGACCGUUUCACGUUGUCGUCGCCGUCGACAACGAAUGAAACCCAACUCUCGCAUUUUCCAUAUUUCCUCUUCUCAUUCUUCGUCUUCUUCUCUUUCAUUUCUCUUACCAAUCCCACGUUUCUCUCGUUAAACCCCACAAUGUCAUGAGUUCGGUCCAUGAUUUGGUCACUCCUUCCCUCUAAAAACACCUCACCAACCCUUCAAGCGAAACCCCAUCAGAUUCUUUACUUCCUGUUUUGUCUUGAUGCUGUUUCAAUCCAGUAUGAGCUUGAACAGGUGCAAAUGGCUCGCUCCGGGCUCAAUUAUCAGAUGGGCGAUCCUGAUUUCGUGGUUGGUUUCUUGUUGUCGUGUUGUUAAUGGCCAAAAUGUCGAUGACUACAAUCAGUUCGACAAUCCGGCUGUUCUUCCCCUCGUCACUCAGAUUAUUUACAGGAAACUCUCCAACACCACCGUUGUUCUUAAUCGCGAGCUCGCCACCAGAGGAAAAUUUUGUGUCAAAGACCCGGAUGCUGAUUGGAACAAAGCUUUCAACUUCUCGACCAACAUGGAUUUCUUGUCUUCUUGCAUCCGCAAAACACGAGGUGAUGUCGGUAGGCGUCUAUGUACUGCAGCUGAGAUGAAAUUCUAUUUGAACGCCUUCUUUAAUCCAUCGGGCAGCCCUGGAGUUUUGAGACCGAAUAUAAAUUGCAACCUUACGUCGUGGGUUUCGGGUUGUGAACCCGGAUGGGGUUGCAGUGUCAGUCCGGAUGAACAAGUGGACCUCCAAAACUCGAGAAACAUCCCGGAAAGGACUCAAAUCUGCGAGCCUUGUUGCGAGGGAUUCUUCUGUCCCCGUGGCCUUACUUGUAUGAUGCCUUGCCCACUUGGUGCUUACUGCCCCAUGGCAACCCUUAACAGGGCAACAGGCAUAUGCGAACCGUAUACUUAUCAAUUACCGCCCGGACAGCCGAACCACACUUGUGGAGGCGCAAAUAUUUGGGCAGAUGUUCGCACCAGCGGCGAGUUGUUCUGUUCUUCAGGAUCGUAUUGCCCGACCACCACUCAAAAAGUACCUUGCGGUAGUGGACACUACUGCCGGAUGGGGUCUACAUCUGAGAAACCUUGCUUUAAGUUGACUUCAUGCAAUCCCAAUACGGCAAAUCAAAACAUGCAUGCGUUUGGAAUUAUGGUUAUUGCUGCUUUGAGUACUAUUCUGCUCAUUAUCUACAACUGUUCCGAUCAAAUCCUGUCGACGAGGGAGAGGAGACUGGCGAAAUCAAGGGAAGCAGCUGUGAGGAAAGCAAAAGCCCGGCAGAGAUGGAAGGCUGCUAAGGUUGCUGCCAAGAAGCGUGCAACUGAGAUCCAUACACAAAUAACUCGGACAUUUUCCCGUAAGAAGUCCAGUCAGCAUGUGGAUACACUCGGGAUGUUGAGUUAUACCAACUCGGAAGCAGAUGAAGAUUUAUACUUACCCGAUCAUUCGACUCCUUCCAAUGCCUCUGUGCAAUCUAGCCAUGAGAUUGAGGACUCAGCAGAAGGCCGUGAAAGAGUAAGUCUUGAAAUCGAGGGAAGGAGAACAAAAGGGCACAACGUGCCAAAAACGAAGAAAACACGCAGCCAAAUAUUCAAGUAUGCGUAUGACCGUAUUGAGAAGGAGAAAGCCAUGGAGCAAGAGAACAACAACCUUACCUUUUCUGGAGUGGUUUCAAUGGCUACUAAUUCUGAUACAAGGAAAAGACCUCCCAUGGAACUUUGUUUCAGAGACUUAACUCUUACUCUGAAAUCCAGUGGUAAGCAUCUGUUGAGAUGUGUGACGGGAAGCAUAAAACCGGGUCGUAUCACAGCUGUAAUGGGGCCAUCAGGAGCGGGAAAGACAACACUUCUCUGUGCAUUGGCUGGAAAAGCAGUUGGAUGCAAGACGAGUGGUUUGAUUCUUAUAAACGGGAAGCAUGAAUCGAUCCAUUCGUAUAAGAAAAUCAUCGGUUUUGUUCCACAAGAUGAUGUCGUUCAUGGGAACUUGACAGUGGAGGAAAACCUCUGGUUCCAUGCUAAAUGCAGACUAUCUGCGGAUCUAUCAAAAGCAGACAGAGUUCUUGUGGUUGAAAGGGUCAUCGACUCUUUGGGGCUUCAAGCAGUGAGGAAUUCCUUGGUUGGAACGGUAGAGAAGCGGGGAAUCUCGGGGGGACAGAGGAAACGAGUGAACGUAGGUUUGGAAAUGGUAAUGGAGCCAUCCAUCUUAUUCUUGGACGAACCUACUUCUGGAUUGGAUAGUGCAUCAUCCCAGCUUCUGCUUAGAGCUCUUCGACACGAGGCACUUGAAGGAGUGAAUAUCUGCAUGGUGGUUCACCAACCAAGCUAUACCUUGUUCAGUAUGUUCAGUGAUCUAAUACUUCUGGCCAAAGGCGGACUUACUGUUUACCACGGUUCAGUGAACAAAGUUGAAGAGUACUUUUCAGGCCUCGAGAUAAAUGUUCCGGAACGUAUCAAUCCACCCGAUUAUUACAUUGACAUUUUGGAGGGUAUCGUGACUUUGGGUGGAAAUUCCGGCAUCACUUACAAAGAGCUUCCUCUGAGGUGGAUGCUUCACAAAGGUUAUCAGGUUCCAGCCGAUAUGCGACACUCUGUUUCUGAAUUUGUGAAUCCUGAAAUGGGAAUGAACCAUGCCGAGAGCGAAGAGCAAUCUUUUGCGGGAGAGCUGUGGAGAGAUGUGAGAAGUAAUUUCGGGUUCCGCCAUGACACGAUAAGGCAUAACUUCUUGAAGUCCAGAGACUUAUCUGGCAGGAAAACCCCUAAUAUGAUGCUGCAAUACAAAUAUUUCCUCGGAAGGAUAACUAAGCAGAGAUUGAGAGAGGCCCAACUACAAGCCACGGAUUAUCUAAUCUUAUUGCUUGCUGGAGCUUGUUUAGGAUCGUUGAGCAAAGCGAGUGACGAGAGCUUUGGAGCCUCUGGUUAUACUUACAGUAUUAUUGCCGUCUCUCUUCUUUGCAAAAUAUCGGCGUUAAGAUCUUUUUCUCUGGACAAGUUGCAUUACUGGAGAGAGAGCGCAUCCGGUAUGAGUAGCACGGCUUGUUUCCUUGCCAAAGAUACAAUCGACCACUUCAAUAUAAUUAUCAAGCCGGUGGUGUAUCUCUCGAUGUUCUUUUUCUUUACAAACCCGAGGUCCACGUUUUUCGACAACUAUAUUGUUUUCGUCUGCCUCAUAUAUUGUGUGACCGGUAUUGCAUAUGCAUUGGCUAUCUUCUUCCAGCCAGGCUCCGCCCAGCUCUUUUCUGUUCUUAUUCCCGUCGUCUUAACCCUAGUUGCUACCCAACCAAAGAACAGUGAAGCCAUGAAGAUCAUAGCCGAUUUGUGCUACCCAAAGUGGGCUUUGGAGGCAUUCGUGGUCGCAAACGCUCAAAGGUACUAUGGAGUGUGGAUGAUUACUCGGUGCGGAUCGCUGAUGAAGAGUGGAUACGACAUUAACGAAUGGACUCUAUGCAUAAUCAUAUUGAUUCUCAUAGGUGUGGUCUCGCGUGGGAGUGCGUUCGUGGGGAUGAUCACACUCCAAAAGAAGUGAAAAGUUUCCACUUUUUGUUGUUAGAUCCAUUCGGUUUGUUAUUUGUACAGGCUAAAGAAGCUACUUCAUUGGUUAUAGGGACAGGAUUGAAGAUUUGGCUACAUUUGGUUUGGUCCGAACCUAAGAGAUUAGAUUUUCCACCA